UGUGCAUGCCUCUUGCACCCGAGUGAUGUGUGUCGCAUAAAGCCAUUCAGCCAUGCUGCUUUGGCCUGACCUGAGAUACUCCUGGGAUAGUCUUUGUUCAGAAAAGGAUUGGCAAUUCAGCCAACAGCUGCAGCCUGCAAAUGAAUUCCUGCUGCUCUGUUUUAUGGAGAGCAUAACCUACAUUCUAUAAAUGGAGAUUUAAAGCAGUUGCAGUAUGGAGACUAUGAAUACUCUCAACAAAGUGGAUUUGUCCCUCCAGACAUGAUGCAGCAGCAGCAGCCUUACACAGGGCAGAUUUACCAGCCAACGCAGACAUACACUCCAGCUUCAGCACAGUCUUUUUAUGGAAGUAGUUUUGAGGAUGAGCCGCCUCUAUUAGAAGAACUGGGGAUCAACUUCGACCACAUCUGGCAGAAGACACUAACAGUGCUACACCCAUUAAAAGUAGCAGAUGGCAGCAUCAUGAAUGAGACUGAUUUGGCUGGACCAGUGGUCUUCUGUCUAGCUUUUGGAGCCACAUUAUUACUGGGUGGUAAAAUUCAGUUCGGUUAUGUGUACGGAAUAAGUGCAAUCGGGUGUUUAGGGAUGUUUUGCCUCCUGAACUUAAUGAGCAUCACGGGUGUCUCCUUUGGCUGCGUCACCAGUGUCCUCGGAUAUUGUCUCCUUCCAAUGAUCCUACUUUCCACUUUCGCAAUUGUAUUUUCGUUGCAGGGAAUGAUGGGGAUUAUUCUCACGGCUGGAAUCAUUGCCUGGUGCAGUUUUUCUGCUUCCAAAAUCUUUAUUUCUGCCUUAGCAAUGGAAGGACAGCAGCUUCUAGUAGCAUACCCCUGUGCUUUAUUGUAUGGAGUCUUUGCUCUCAUUUCUGUGUUUUGAAUAGACUGUCCAAACUGUUGGACUCCAGUGGGCCAAAAUAAAAACAGCAACUUGGAACAUUUAGUUGGACCAGAAACAGCUGCAAACAACUGUAUAGUGUUGCUAUCACAAAACUUAGACCUGUUUUCAGUCAUCUGGAACAAUGAAAACAAAUGUCUCGUGUUCACUUUUUUAGGACUUUGAAUACUGUUUUCAAUUGACCUGAGGUGUCUAUAGCUUUAAUAACUGUUCAUGCUUAUCAGGUUAAUGUAAUUUCUUUCCCAUUCCUCUACCUUUAGAAAAGUGACUUUUGGUUGCUUAUUUGAGGGUUGUGUUUUUUGUUUGGUGGGUUUUUCUUUUUUUUUAAGGGGAGUGAGGGAGGGAGAAGGGUUGCAGUUAUAAAUUGAUAGAUUUUUACCUGAAAAAGUUAAUGAUACUGCAGAUGCCAUGGAUGUGGGGUACUCUUUGAAUAAAUCUGCAGUAAUAAGGAA